GGUGGACCUGUUGAAUAGAAAUAGCGUUUUAACGCGCGAUUGUUAAUAAGCUGAGGUUAGGUUAGAUCACAAUAAACAUACCAGUAUGAAUAGACGUCUCCAACUGUACUGCUGGUAGUUGUUACAUUGUCGGUUUAGUAUAGUUCAGGUGUUCUGUAAAAAUAUAAAAUAGCAGUGGCAGAAGAUGAUUAUUAUGAUUUCAACAUCGAAGAAUUGAUUAUAGAUAUGGUAAGAUCACGGCCGACAUUAUAUGAUAAAUCUUUAGAAGAAUAUCACACGGAAUUUCGUGACGCAAGAAAAAAUCAUCUUGAACACAUAUCCAAUACUAUAUUAGAAAUUUUUGGAGAAAAAUUAUCAGUAGAAGCAAUCAUCAAGAUAUGGCAGAAUUUAGUAAUUAAAUUUAAAGAGCAGCACAAUCUUAUUAAACAGUAUUGUCCAUCAGGCUCAGGAAAAGAAAAUACUGAAAAAGUAAAAUGGCAGUUCUACGACAGCAUGAUUUGGAUUCUACCAUUUAUUGGGCACCUUCCACAAUUAGCUAGUGAUGCCGAUACAUUGAAACCUCAACAAAAAAAUCCAGAAAAUACAAUCGACCAAAAUAAAUUUAAUAAAAAGAAAACUUCUAAAUCUGAUACAGAAAAGGUUAUUAGUGAUAUGCAAAAAAUACUUGAUGAUAAUGCAAAAAUGUUGGAAGCAGUAGAAGACAAAGUAAGAAGUACCAAUGUAGAAAAUAGCGAGAAAGAAAAGGCCAUUCAAUGUUAUAUGCUCUUAAUAAGUAAAGGCUUUAAACAGAUUCCAGAAAAUAAAAAAUUUAAAUGUUGCAGAAUAAUCAUGGCUUCAAUAAAUGAUUUUAAACAAAAACAAACAUGAUUUAAAAAAUGUAUUUUUCGAUUUGAUAUCAAUAAAACGUUUUAGAUAAUUAA